AUGGAGAGAAUAAUUAGAAGUUUGGUAAAUGGUCUGUAAAUUGGGCAGGAGAGAAAUUAAACAAUGUUGGUGGCUGGUACUCUAGUGAGGAGAAAAAAUAGGGUUUUUGGAAGGAAAUAAGUAGAUAGUUAAAAUUAUAUUCAAUUGAAUACAGCAUUUGGAGUAUACAACUAAUUAAGUUAGAAGAAUGGUAAAUAGAUUGAGCUGAGUGAUUCAUUUAGAUAUAGGAAGGAAAUAAUCUAUUAAGGUGAGUACAAAAAUAGUCAAAAAGUUGGUAUGCGGGAUAUUUUAUAUAAAAAGGAUAAAGAUUUUCAGCAAAUAUUUAUGUUAUUAAACCAAAAUUUUAGUGGUGGUGGAUAAUACAAUGAUGAAGUUAAAAUUGGUAGGUGGAUUUAGUUAGGUGAAGGAUUAGAUUAUUAGAACUAAAUUAUCUAUGAUGCCCAAUAUUAAAAUGGAAAAGAGUUGAAAAUUGGGUAGUUUUUAACAAAAAGGAAAAGGAAAUAUUAAAAAGAUGUAAAUAUUGUAUAUUCAAGCAUUUAGUGGUGGUUGAAAAUAUAAUGAAGAAGAUAAAGUUGGGAGUUGGAUUAAACUAAGUCAUCUGUUUACUUCAGAUUCACAAACCAUUUAUUAUGGUGAAUAUAAAAAUGGUAAAAAAGAUGCUAAAUGGUUUAUGA